AUGAACCGCGCGGACCCUCUGUUCCCUGUGGGCCAGGCGCGCCUUGAGGCGCUGGGCGUGCUGGCCUGCGCCUGCAUCAUGGCUGUGGUGGCCGAGUCGGUGGCGGCGACGUACCGCGGACUGGCCCACGGAGAGAUCCCGGUCCUUGAUCUGGGGCUGGUGAUGUACGUGGUGCUGGGCAGCGCGACAGCCGCAAAGCUGGUCUGCCUCGUGGUCUGCAACGCGCUCAAGUCCAAGUCGGACUCCAUGGUGGCGCUGGCGGAGGACCACCUGAAUGACAUCAUGUCAAACCUCGCGGCGCUCGCGGGCGCGGCGGCGACUACGCUCGUGGUCGGCGGCUGGUGGAUCGACCCUGUCGUGGCCAUGGCCAUCUCUGUCUGGAUCUGCUGGCGCUGGUUCAACAUUGCAAGAAUGCAGGUCCACAAGCUGGUGGGGCGGGGCGCGCCCGUCGAGUUCAUAGAGCAGCUCAAGGCCCUUGCCGACCAGCACCACGAAAACCUGACUGUGGACGUCGUCAGGGCCUACCACUUUGGCACGAGAUACCUGGUUGAGAUGGAGGUGGUGCUGCCGGCAGACUGGACGCUGAAGCAGUCCCACGACGUCGCCAUGCUGCUGCAGCACAAGGUGCUGCGGGGGGACGGAGCUGCGACGGUCGUGCGCGCCGCUCAGCGCGCGGCUGGGACGUGUGAUUUGCGAUAA